CCUCUUCAUCCACGCCACGCCCCUCUCCUCCUCCCCAACCUCCCUCUUGCUCACUUCUCUUAUCACUUGCUAGCUCUCGGUUUCUUGUGCUGUGAGGUAGAGGUAGAGAGCGGGCAUGGAAGGAGAAGUAAACAGCAGUAGUUGGUUUAGUGAGAGUGAAGAGGACGAGCUUGUGAGAGAGCUCCUUGAUGAUGUAUCCCCUUUCUUUUUCUUGCCAGAGGAAAAAAACCAAUCCAAAGCAGCAAGUCCCACUCCAAGGAACGAAGCAGCUAUGAACCAGCUCAUUUCCCAAGUCUAUUCAGGGCCAACAAUGCAAGAUAUUGAGAAUGCUUUGUCGAUGACAAGCCGAAAAGACCAACCCGAACCAGUUUCACAAGCCAGAUUCUCAUUGUUGCAAAAGGGAUUGAGUAAGAUUGAGAACAACAAGUACACUGUAAAACUGAAGAGCUGUGACAAUGUUGUUGCUGGUGAUGGUUAUAAAUGGAGGAAAUACGGGCAGAAGUCUAUCAAGAAUAGCACACAUCCCAGAAGCUACUACAGGUGCACGAACCGACGGUGCGGUGCAAAAAAGCAGGUGGAGAGGUCCAGCGAGGAUCCAGACACGCUCGUCAUCACCUACGAAGGGCUCCAUUUACACUUUGCUCACCCAUAUUUCUUAUUGAACCAGCCACAACAUGGUGAUCCGCCUUCCAAGAAACCUAAGAGGACCAUCUCAGAGGACGAGUUUCAAGCCCAUGAAACCCGACAACCACCAGAACAAGGCCAAGAAUGCUCCACACAUGUGACCAGUCCUGGUUCCCUGCCUAGCUCAAGCACAGCUGAUGAUUACAUGCAAGAAUCGGAUCUGGGAGCGGUGGGUCCUCGAGGGUUGCUUGAAGAUGUGGUGCCUUUUAUGAUUCGAAACCCAUCGAACUACAAUGUGUCGUCUUAUUCUUCAUCGUCGUCCCAUCGGUCUCCCCCUGCUUCACCAUCUUCCUCCUUGUCUUGGUCCCCCAAUCUUUCCCAUUCGUGUUUCGAUGUUGGCAUAAACACUAGCAUUGGGUGAAUUAGCAGUGUAUAAGUGCGUAAAUUGACAAUAAAAGAUUACUGCCCAUGUUUUUUCCUUUUA